ACGCUCAAUCUCUCCUCGCUCUCUUCUCCGGCAAAGAUCGAGGUGCUAUUGUCUUUUUUCCUGUGCAGUGCAAACUCGUUUUUUCUCUCUCUCUCCCUCCUGCUCUUUCCAUUUUAAAGCAGAUUUCCUCACACGAGCCUGCGGCUUCACGAUGUCGCGGCGUCGGGAUCGUUUUUCACUCGCGUCUGUGGCGAAGCGGAGACUUUAACUUGAGAAAAGUGUUUUGGGAAUACGACGCCUUUCAGGUACAUUUCACAUUGAUUUUCUUUUAAUAACUUCCCCCCCUGCCUUGCCACUGAGGAAAAUGUCAAAAGGCGGACUUUACUGUCACUGCGAAGUUUUAAACUAAACACGUUUGCAGCUAUAGGAUGAAGCUUGCGUUCAACUGACAGAUUAGCGAGGCCACCAAAAAACCGAGAAACUGAGAACGGCCCACCGGUGCUAUCAAACUGUGUCAGCCUGUGAGCAACGCACAAGCACCACUUUGGCUUCAUGGCCGUGAUGGAUACACAGGGGAACUACGGGGGCCUAAGUUGUUGAGAGCUGAGAGUUUGACCUAGGCCUAGUCUCUCAACUUCUCCCAUUCCUUUGGCUUGACCUUAGCGGGCCCAACAUGUCAAGCCUGGUAUACAAUGAGAGCAGUAUGGAGGAUUGCGGCAUUGAUGACUCCUUCAAGUACAACCUGUAUGGCGUUGUGUACAGUAUUGUGUUUGUGCUGGGCCUGAUAACCAACUGCGCCUCACUGUUCGUCUUCUGCUUUCGCAUGAAGAUGCGCAACGAGACUACACUCUUCAUGACCAAUCUGGCAGUGUCGGAUUUAGUCUUCGUAUUCACCCUGCCUUUCAAAAUCUUCUACAAUGUCAACCGUCACUGGCCCUUCGGAGACUGGCUGUGCAAGGUGUCUGGAACUGCCUUCAUCACCAACAUCUACGGUAGCAUGCUCUUUCUGACGUGCAUAAGCGUGGACCGCUUCCUGGCCAUUGUUUACCCAUUCCGGUCGCGUUCGGUACGCACGCGGCGGAACGCGGCCAUCGUCUGCGCUGCCGUCUGGCUCCUGAUCCUGGGCGGCGGCAUCACCGUCACAUUCUUCUCCACCACCAACCGUGCCAACUCCAACUCCAGCACAACCUGCUUUGAGGGCUUCUCCAAGAAGACGUGGAAGACCUACCUGUCGAAGAUCACCAUUUUCAUCGAAGUGGUGGGGUUCCUCAUCCCUCUGCUGCUUAACUUGGCCUGCUCCUCCAUGGUGCUCCGGACACUGCGUAGGCCGGCCACACUCUGCCAGAUAGGUACCAACAAGGAGCGUGUCCUGCGCAUGAUUGUGGUGCACGUGGCUAUCUUCGUAGUCUGCUUUGUGCCCUACAACUCCAUUCUGUUCCUGUACGCCAUGGUGCGCACGCAGGCACUAGCCAGCUGUAGUAUAGAGCAGUUUGCCCGCACGCUCUAUCCCAUCACGCUCUGUGUAGCCACACUGAACUGCUGCUUUGACCCUGUUGUCUACUACUUCACCUCUGAGUCUUUCCAGAAGUCCCUGGCCACGGGCAAAUCCCAUGCCAAGCAGGACAGCGUGCUACGCACAGACUUCCCUCUCUCUAGCAAGGACCCCAGUGACUCUGAGCUAAUAGAAAGCCACUCCCCUUCUAGAAACGGCAAAGACUUCAUGUCAGAGACCCACUUCUGACUAGGCAGAACCACAGGCUGAGGAACCAGGUCAACUGGGGGAGGUGGCCACCUCGUUGCCCGAGACUGAGGGCCAAAAAGUAAAAAAAAAAAACAUUGUUCUUCCAUGAGUCUCACAGGCAAAUUAAAGG